UUUUUAUCCAAUCCAUUUACAUACAUGUGUUUAUUUUUAUGUGAUUCAAUUUAAAAAUAUACUUUCUGUACAAAUAAUUAUUCAUAUAAAUAUCUAAUCGAACAUGCAUAAAACAUGACGUAUAAUCGUUGCUUGUAAAUUUUGUAUCAAACAAAGAGAGUUGUCAGAAAUAGAUAAGAGCUAUUUAAUUACUUUUUUAAUUGCUAGACGUUACAACACACAAGAUAAAAAAAAUUUACAGUUUUUACUAAAAAUUAACGCCGAGAAUAGUCCCGAAUUAUCCGAAAAAGAAAAUUACUGUGUAUAAAAUAUAAUGGAGUAAAAAAAUUAACCAAGUCAAAAGUCAUCAUUUAUUGAAAUCAAGAUAGCCUUUAGUCUGUGAUUUAAUAACAUCUUUCCAUUAAAAAGUAUUUCAAUCCGUUAGAAAAGUUCCUUGUAAACAGUAGGUUAUACAUUAUAUACCUAUGCUCUAUACCCUCUGUAUAUAUUAGUAAGCAAUAACCAUGACAGAUACAGAAGCAAUGAACUUGUGCCUUCCAAAACCAAAAUCACCAACUUUCAUUCCAAAACAAGAGCUUGUUGACGAGAAAGAAGACGAUGGUCCAGAAAUAAGUAAAUGGACUCCUCUGCUGAUGCUAGGAGGAGCAGUUGCUUGUCUUGGAUCAGCAGUUCCAGCAGGAUUUAAUAUAGGAGUCGUAAAUAAUCCCGCGCCUAUUAUAAAAGAAUUUUGUAAUGAAAGUAUUGAAAAAAGGUUUGACAUAAAUCUGACAGAUGGAUGGCUAAGAUUCACGUGGUCAGUAGUAGUGUCAAUAUUUUUAAUUGGUGGUGUUAUUGGGUCACUUAUUGCGAGUGUAAUUGCUGAUAAGUAUGGAAGACGAUAUGCUCUCGCAGUGGGAAAUAUUUUUGGUAUUCUUGGUGCUGGGUGUUUUUUGCUCACACCUACACUCAAUUCCGUUGAAGUUAUUGUACUUGGAAGACUUCUUGUCGGGUUUUCUGGAGGCAUGGCCACGACAUUAGUACCAAUCUAUAUGAUCGAAAUAGCAUCAUUGUCUCAGCGCGGAGCCGUUGGUGUAUUAUGUCAAUUAGGAAUAACCGUAGGAGUAUUUUUGGGACAAGUUGCCGGCUUAGACAGCGUCCUCGGUACCAAAGAAUCGUGGCAUAUAAUGCUUGCUUCUUUUGCACCACUUUGUAUCAUAUCUUUGUUGUCUCUGUAUAUUUUACCGGAAAGUCCAAAGUACUUAUAUAUCAUAAAACAAGAAAAAGAAAAAGCAACUCGUGAACUCGCGCGAUUUCGCAGUGUCGACGCUAGUCUCCUGUACAAGGAGAUACAGACGCUUGAAAAAGAAGCUGCAUUGCGUACAACUUUGGAUGCCUGGUCUUUUAGCCGUAUUAUCAGAGAUCCGUCUGUUAGACUGCCAUUACUUUUAGUAGCAUCAGUACAACUUGGACAACAAUUGAGCGGUAUCAACGCUAUUUUUUAUUAUUCGCAAGACAUAUUCAAGGCUGCUAAAGUGAGUGAUACUGCCAGCCAGUUAGCAGUCCUUGGGACAGGGAUUAUUAAUAUUUUUAUGGCUGUGAUAUCUGUUCGUCUCAUGUCUUCUUUUGGCAGAAGAACAUUAUUUUUAAUAAGUUCUUAUGCUAGCGCAAUAUGCCUUAUUGUUUUGUUUAUUGGAUUAGCUACUAUUGAUAAAGCUGCUUUUAUACCUUGGGUAUGUAUAAUAUCCGUCCAAAUUUACGUACUUACAUACGGAAUCGGAAUGGGACCGAUUCCUUACUUUAUUGGCUCGGAAUUAUUCGACGUAUCACCUCGUCCAACUGCAAUGGCUGUCGGCAGUAUUUGUAAUUGGGGUGGUAAUUUUAUUGUUGGAUUAUUAUUUCCAACUAUCGCAACGGCCUUAGGAUCACCAACUUAUUUAAUAUUUGUCUUUUGUAUAAUUGCCGUCGCUCUUUUUGUCAAAUUUUAUUUACCCGAAACUCGCGGAGUAAGUACACUGGAUAUCAAGGCACAGUUGAGUAGAGGACUCCGCCGACAGUCAACAUUAAAUUCUUAGCCAAAAAUGAAUUUUUAUUCAUAAUUAUUAAUCAUGACAAAUUUUUAUAAAAGCUUUUAUUACCGUAUUUUUUUACUUCACUACAAGACAAUAAAUACGUUCUAAUUGUUCGUAAAAACAGAAGCACAAAACGGUAUGAGGACCUAUCCUCAUCCAGGUGGAAAAUACUCCUUUGUACAAGCCAAAAAAGCCUUCUAUUUUAAAUAUUUUGUAAUAUGCAUCGAAAUAGCUGCGAUACAAGAGGCCUUUUCCGCUGGAAUCUGUGCCUAAAUAAAAAUAUCAUGUUUUAUAUAAUAAAUAAAAAACUACAAGUUGGUUA